AUGUCUUCCUUCUUUAUCACACCCGCGUUGAUCGCGUGGUUACCCCUCGCCAAGGCCCACAUGUCAAUAUGGCUGGAAUCCAUGUACGGUUUCGAUCAGUCUUAUGAACCUGUCACUCCGUUGUCUGGGAAAUCUUUCGAUCAAUGGUGGUUCCAUGGAAAUGCCAACGAUCAACCUUCAUCCAUCACGACCCUCAUUCCAGGAUCUGAUCUCUCUGUCGAAAUCGCCUGUUCAAAAGAGUACACUUCCUUCGGAGGUAAUCCCACUUCGGACGCUUGUCCAGGCGACUCCGGUUCAUAUCACGCAGGAGGUUCGACCGGUUCCGGAUCAGGAUGGAGUGGUAAUUCCGAAUCCAACCUGAUGGGUUGUGCUCUGGCAAUCGCAUUUAAACCUACCGCAAGUCAGACCAACCCCGAAGAUUUUACUGUAAUGUCAAUUCAAGAGAAUUGCGUUAGACAGAGACAAACUUCUUUUUCGAUCCCGAGUAAUCUCCCGGCAUGUCCUGAAGGUGGGUGUACAUGCGCAUGGUUCUGGCAAGGUAAGAAUAGUGCCAAUGAGAUGUACAUGACUGGAUUCAGAUGUGAUGUACAAGGUGGAUCUACCGGUGGAUCAUACCCUUCCCCUGUUCCUCCUAGGAAAGGAGCCAUCGGUGGUCCAACUCAACCUAUGUAUUGGGCGAAUACACCUACCAACCUUGACUACACACCCGAUUGGGAGACGAAACCUUCUUAUAACUCUGCUUGGGGUUGGACAAACGGUGCUCAAACUUCUGCGUUCGGCGCUAGUAGUGGUACUGGAUCAUCAAACUCUACUGGCACUGGCACUGGAUCUGGAUCUGGGGCUGGUUCAACUUCCGCUGGCGGAAAUGCAUCAUCUCCUUCUUCCACUGCUGGUUCAGGUAAAAACGGUUCUUCCCCUUCUUCUUCUACCGCCGGUUCAGGUGGAUAUGGUAAUUCACCUUCAUCAGCUUCAUACGGCUCACCAACAUCAACUCAAGGUUGGUCCGGCGACGACGACGAAUAUGCCGAACCUACAUCGACCUCAUCGAGAGGAAGAGGAAGAAGACCCACUUCUACUUCUACUUCUUGGCAGGGACAAGGUGAGGAUGAUAAUUCCUAUCAAUCCGAAAGUCAAGGAGAAGAUGAUGAAGAAGAAGAAGAGAAUCCACCAUGGCAAGAACUUGCUGCUGAUCCUGUUGGAACUUUGUCCACUACCCCGACUCCUACUCCCACUCAAGCUUUAGUACAGACUUCUUCGCCUGAGUCUACAUCAACAGCAAUAGCGAAGAAAUGUAAUAGACAUGGUAGGAGGAGUAGGUUGAGGCGAACGGUUCAUGUCUAA